GCUAAAUACGGUCUUGUUAACAGUCCUAAGCCAAAUGAAAUCGCUGUGGAAUACAGAGCUCAUGACCCGUCCGUGGGCAGCUCCCUAUCGUCUUGCGAAUCAACUGCUCCUCUGAUGCGGCAGCCAGGUCUACGCUCUAGACUUGCUUCUAACCUCACUCAGGUGUCCGAAGAGGGCAUGCCACUUCACGAAAAAUGGGAGAUCGACAGAGAGCUUAUCAGCCUGCAGGAAGUUCUUGGAGAGGGCGCUUUUGGCAGAGUUAUGAAGGCAGAGGUGUUCGGAAUGCCCAAUAUGCCCUUCAGAUUAAAUGUAGCGGUGAAAAUGCUUAAAGGUAAGUUUUGUAUUCUAGCAAUCACUGGAAAAGACACUUACGCUUUCAUUGCGAACUUUCUUUCGAUUAUUGUGUUAAAGUGUAGCAUACGGUUUCUUUAAUUCUGUUCAAUACAACGAGCGUGCGAUUCCGACAGAGUAUUCCUUUCCCGGCCGCGCGAACGUUGUUUCGUGCUGUUGAGUCUUUCUUCAAGUGUGUUUCGUUCCUUUUCCUUGGAAGCAAUGCUUUCUCCCAGCUUAUCGACUUCUUUUUGUAAUGUCCCUUUGUGUUGUUGUUGCUUUUGUAUGUCAUAAAGCUCUUUUUUAACCCGUUCAAAAUAGCAUUGAAGAUUUUUUCAAAAGUUUCAGUCUUUGCAGUUCACUUUCACGUUUUUCAUCAAAAACAUCAAUCUUGGCUGGGAUUUGUUCGAUUUUGUUUCUCAGUUUUUGCACCUCAUCAUUGGCUCGUUGGCGAUCGACGGAAAUUCUUCCCUCCUCUCGUAAUUUUUUCUCCACCUCUCGUAAGCGUCGUCUUUCUUCUCUGGUCGAUUUAUUGUCCUCUGCAAUGAUAUUUUCGGCUUUUGGGCCAAGAACAUUUUUGAAUCUGUCUGUGAAGGAUUAAAGCAGGUCCGAAUUGUCUUUCUUGAAAAUGUUGGACUCACCGUGCUUUCCCCAAACGAAACUAUUUUAGCUUCAUCUCCUGUUUUGUAAAACCCGAUUGGGCCAAGUUUGGCGAUAUUGACUUCUUCCUUUGAAAAAAAUAUCUCCUCGCUCCAAAACACAUUCCUCGCCUCAAAUUCGAUGAGUCCACGCCAAAAGCAGUUUACCAUAGUUUAGAAGGUUGUUUUAACUGAUCUCUCUCAAACUGGGUUAAAGGCUACAACCACGCUGCGCAGGUCAUCCAAUAACCCAAAUAGAUAUCGAAGAUACCAGCAUCUCUACUGACAAUGAGCCUUGUGCCUAAAAACGGAUCAAUAACCAGCCUAGUUUUCGUAUCCCAAGUACCAGGAGAUUUAAGAUAGCUGCCCUCAACAUAGCUAGUCUAUAGAAACAAAUCGACCAACUUAGAACCUGUAUGUCUACUAAUUUUGUUCCAAUGGUAAAAUCAACUUACCAGGAUAAGUUAUUGAGAGGAAGGAUAGAAACAGAGCAAGUGGAGGUGUUGCUCUUCAUUUCAGAAACACAAUUACAAACGUCUCCCACAUCAAGAGGAUGAUCUUAAAUUUCUCUUUAUUCAAGUAGCUAAAUCUAAAUUGUAGGAACGUGGAAUAGGCCCCUCUGGGUCUGCAAUAGAAUCUAUCGCAAAAUUCGAAUCCACUUUGAAAGAACUGGAGGGCUAUGGGCCGGAGGUUAGUAUCAUUGGACACGUAAACUGUGCUGUAGGUGCCUCGCCACUUUACCACAAAACCCAGAAGCUCCUCGAUAUAUGGAAUAUUUAUCAAUGUAGUCAACUGAUAGGACAGCCUUCACGGAUAACUUAAGACACACGUAGCGCAAUUGACUUGUUCCUAACAAAUGAUCCUCAAAGAUUUUCCCAUAGUGGGGUAUCUGACCUUUGGAUAAGAGAUCAUUGUCUCGUGUAUGCAAUUAGGAAAAUCAGCCUACCUGAAUCUACUACAAAGAUUAAAACAAGUGGAUGUUUCGAAAAAUUCGAUCCAGUAAGCUUUAGAAAUGACCUUGCAAUGGCACCAUGUUACCUUGUUGCAGCUGAAAGUGACCCAAACAAGGCAUGAGGUAUAUGGAAACAAAUUUUUGAAUACAUUGCUGACAGUCAUGCUCCUCUAAAGAAAAAGAGAGUAAGGGGAAGUUCUGUGCCCUGGAUUACACCCUAACUGAAACACGAUAUGUUUGAACGGGACAGGCUUCAAAAAGUGGCUUCAAGAUCUCAAAGUGAUACUGACUGGACUAGAUACAAACAGCGAAAAAACAAAGUUAAUCAUACUAUCAAGGAAGCAAAAACAGCGUUACUAAAGUAAUUAUUUUAGGGAUAACUCUGGAAAUAUCAAAAACAUCUAAACGCUAUGCUUGGGAAUGAAUCUAAAAUCACCGCAAUAAACGAAAUUAAAAACCAGAGUCCAAUUGUCAUACCUAUAAAUCUCCUAGGGAUAUCAGUAGGAUUUUAAACAAAAAUUUCUCUGAAAUUGGACCAACUUUGGCCGCUGAGAUUCCAGACACACCUAUAAGGUGCACGGAUUAUUUUAAACCCACUUAAUCUACCUUUUUUCUCAAACCAGCUACUUGUGCUGAAAUUUUUAAAUUCAUCAACAGUCUCCCUUUAAACAAGGCUAGUGGGCUUGACAACAUAUCUGUAGGCCUCUUAAAAGAGGCAGCACCAAUAGUUACCUCUUCUCUGACUUUCAUAAUCAGUCUUUCAAUUUUUUGUCAAACUGCUCCAGACGAAUGGAAGCAUACUAGCGUUUCCCCAGUUUUCAAAGAGGGUGCCAAAGUUGACCCUAGUAAUUACCGACCAAUCUCAGUUUUACCUGUUGUCAGUAAACUGGUUAGGGAGUUGUAUUCCAUCAAUUGUAGGGGUACCUAAACUAUAAUAACCUUCUGACAGAAUCACAAUGAGGUUUCAGGCCAAUGUUUUCCACAGAAACUUUCGUAUUAGAGGAGACAAAUGAGCGGAUUAAGAAUAUAGAUAAAUCUCUCCUAAAUGGUGUAAUAUUUUUGGAUCUAAAGAAAGCCUUUGACACCAUGGACCAUGCUAUUCUCCUACUGACAGAAACUCGAGUUUUAUGGAGUUAGGUCCCAAACACUUGCAUGGUUUAAAUCAUAUCUUACUGGACGGAAAAAGAAAAGUUAACGAUGAACUUUCUGAUUUCUGUAUGUUAACAAGUGGAAUUCCUCAAGGAUCAAUUCUUGGCCCCUCUUGUUUGUUUUAUAUAUAUAUGACCUUCCCUUAUGCCAACUGUACUCAAGGCCCACAGUGUAUGCGGAUGGCACUACUUUAACGUGCUCAGCCGAAAGUGCUGAUACUUUACAAGUUCAAAGGAAUUCCUAUCUAAGCAAAAUUCCGACGUGGCUUAAGGUAAAUAAGCUUACUCUAAACGUCAAAAAGACCAAAUAAAUGUUGAGUAGGAGUCGUCCUAAACUUGAACUACUGUCAGACAAUUUCACAGUUGUGGUUAAUAACAUACACAUAGAAAGGGUGACUGUUUAUAAAUCUCUUGGAGUCUCAAUUGAUGAAAAUCUCUUGUGGGAAACACACAUUGAUGAGAUUUCAAAGAAGAUAUCAGCAGGCCUAUCGAUAGUUCUAAAGCGGAAGUCGAACCAUGCCGUUCAAAACUAGAGAAACCAUGUACAAAGCUCUUAUCGUGCCCUCUUUGAUUGCUUUAGCUGUGUAUGGGGAUAUAUAGGGAAAGGAUUAUCAAAAAAACUUCAGAAACUCCAAAAUAGAGCUGCUAGAAUAGUGACUUUAUCAAAUGAUGACACACGAUUUAAAGAUUUAUAGGAUAAACUGGGUUUGGAAGUACUAGAAGAUAGAAGAAUAAGACAAUUCGUUAUUCUAAUGUACAAGAUAACUCAUAAUAUUUUCCCGCCGUAUGAUGAAUGUCUCUGAUGUAUUCACUCUUAUAAUCUAAGAAAUUCAUCAGUAGACUUGUAUGUCCGUAAACCUUAGAUAGAGAUAGGAAAACAUAGCCUUCACUACAGAGGAUCGGUCCUCUGGAAUAAACUUCCAAUAGAAGCAAGAGAACAGGAAAGCUUAGACCUUUUAAAUCAUUUUAUAGAGAUAAUACUUUUUGCCAAGUCAUAUAAUAAUUGUGUCUUCGCAGAGAGCAUAAAUUAAAUUAUUUUUAGUGCGCAUACACAGCUGUCACUUUAGUGUUUGUAAUUAGAAAUUAAUUACAAACGCAGGACUUUGAAAUGGCCACAGCUGCGUCAGGUCGACCUUGGCGUAGAAUUCACGGGCUCCGUCACGUAAGAAAUGGAAAAACACAAAACAAACAUUCGCCGUGGGCGCUUGGAGAUUCACCGGGACCAACCGAUCAUGAAAAGAUAUAACCGCAUCCUUGCUAAGCGCCUGUUCGGGCACCAGUAUGCUGUUGAAAUGCGCCUUCCUCAGAGCCAUAGAUAUUCCGCAUGGGUCGUUUGGCUUCCUGCAUCGGUCUCUGCUCUGAGCGGAGAAGUCACUCGCCUCACAGGCAAAAAACCCGUUGCGGCCAUCAAAGAAAAAGCCGUUUAUUCCAAACCCUCUACUCCUUAUCACUGACCUGUUAGCGUUCGCAAAAAAAUGGCUCCCCUCCGAUACAGCUGUGCGCUAUCUCUACCAACCCGGAGAGCUUGAAGACGGAGGGAAAAGAGCCACGGAUCCGAUCUGGUCUUUGAAAGUCUAACACAUCGAAAAACCGUGACCAAACCCAAUGAACCGAUUUUGUGUUAUUUGCACGAUGGGCUCAAACGUGGUUUCGUUUGCGAAGAGCUGGUUAUCGUGCUUGCCGACACCGAGCUUCCGCCGCUUGAGAGAUGAUAUUCGAUCGGCUCGUCAAUCUCUUCCAUAUCUUGAAACCACACCAAGCGCAGAUCUUUCCUCAAGGCGCCUUCACUCGUUGUGUACUUCACGGUCGUGUGCCUUUGCAAAGCGUCGAUCUCCUUACCAUAGGAGCUGUUCCCCAAAAGCUUGAAUACCUCGGCAAGCAAUGCCUGCUCUGAAUUUUGAUCGCCCUUACCCCUGUUCUCCGUGACUUUGUUUACGAAGAACACGAAGAUUUUUUGCGGAACAUUGCCAGUGGUUCGGUGAACAGUUGUAAUAUUCAAACCAUGGUAGAGAUACCAUUUCAGCAGUUCACGUCCAACGGGAUCUUUUGGGUUAAAAGGGCGCCAACCAGCUUUCGUUGGUCGUGCAUAGGUUUGCGUUUGCUAUGCGCCAAGUAGUCUUUCAUGUGCUACGGUAUAGUCUCGCUUAGAAGGGGUUUGUUUUAAAACAACGGCGUCAUUUGUUCGAACUUCGUCCAUAACUCUCUUGGCACAUCGAUGUCCACUAAGGCGAAUUCAAACCAUCUGUCUCUCUGCAGAACUUCAAUAAACUUUUCGACGUUCCUUGGCGUUUGCGCCUAUUAUGCAACGACCUCCAUUGUGCUUGGAUACAGCGGGUUGGCGUCGUAGGCCAGAACUCUUGGACACAUCUUCGCGUCUUGGAACUUGUGCGUACGGAUUCUCGUUUUCGACAUAACACCAGGCUCGGCCCUCUGACAACUGCGCCUUUGAAAAUUUCGUAGCCCUUCUCCUCUGGAGAGUACAACUCCGGAGAGUCUCUUGUUAAGCGUACCACGAAGGAGAUAUUUCAUUGAGACUCCUGGCAGAGGUACCGCAUCUUUCAAAAUAUCUAUUCUCAGCCCCGUGUAGGAAUGUCGGAUUGACUCCAAGGCUUCAAGAAAAGGCUCGAAAUCCAGAUUGUUGUAAAAGGGCAACAAGUCCUUAAAAGUUUGCAUCCCUUUUUCCUGCCAGAUUCGCUGACUAGCCCUGUACGCUUCUUCGGAGAGAGUCAUCUCAUUUUUCAGCUCGGAAAACCACUCUUCGUUCGGCAGCAGUCCCGGGAAGUCCAACUUUUCGGCUGUUUCAAACCACUCGUCGGAAAACCACAAUUUGGAGAGCUUGGCACCGUACGUUUUCAUCCAUUUUUCCUGACCAGUGCCGGGGCUGCUGUAGCUACAGAUUUCCAGAAACGUCGCCACUGACAUGUACAUGACCUUGUUCUGUUUUUUGGCCAGUUUGACAUCACUGUUUUGGGCGAUUUGGGUCACAAAGUGCUCUUUUUGUCAGAAUCAAAUCAUAACGCCCGGAGUUGAAACCCAAAACUAGGGUUUGAAAACGCCAUUGGCUGAUGCGUGUUUGUUGCCGCUUCGGCAGAAAUUCGAUUUCCUCUGGAAUGCAUCGCCGCAUGUCUUCUCGGAUGGCCGCGGCCCGACACUCAAGCGCCUCUCAGAAUCUCCGGAUCAGCUCUUUAGGAUCUUUGCUGCUGAUGUGCUCUGGCACUCUAUCCAAAAUGUCGGCCAACUAAACAGACAUCGGCACGUGCUCGCUUUCGAACAACAGAUCAUUCAUCGCUUGCUUCCGUUUGCUCGUGUCCAGCAACGCCUCGAUAUCGAACACUAUGGCAUGCGGAAAAGUUUCCUUUUUUUUUUUCGGACACAUUGGUCUUUCUUUGAAAUCAUGCUCCCAACACUUGAUCAGUUCGAAACCCUCGUCAAGAAUCGCCCUCCUUCUAUCCAACGUUCUUGCAAACUACAUCUCUCUUGUCAGCCCUCUCCUGCCUUGCUUUGUUUUUUCGAAAGCGACCACUUCCUUGCGCCGUCCUUGAAAACACUCUGGACAGUCAUGCCAAUGGCAGCAAUGGAACUGAAACACCGCGUUUGUUUCCCAACAAAAACCAUCCACUGGAUAUCCUGCAAUUCUUCUUUCCCCACCUUGGCCACACAUUUUAUGAUGGAUAUGCACACCCCUCCAUUGGCCUCGUGUUUCGUCCAGCUGACCGCCUUUCCCACAUACGCCCUGUGGCCGUAGAACGGUUUUUCGUUAGCAGUUUCGGGCGGCUGGAUUCGCUCUCCUCGACACACCACUUUAGAAACUCCUCUCGCAAAAACCUCUGCAUGCCACCGCAAAUGGCGUUUUUUGGUGAAUCUUGCUUGACAUUCGGCACAUGCAUAAUAUUUCGUCACUUUGUCGAGCUUCGUGAUCAACAAACCGUGCUCUUCGUAAAUGCCAAUGUCCAUCUGGGGCAACCGGAUCUUGUCAAAGCGUGAAGGUAAAUAUUUCAACGCAAAGGCUCCUUCAGCGUCAAUCUCAUAUCCUGCAAACCCCUGCUGGAAAUGAUUUUCGAUCAAAGGAAAAUGACUUUUGUAUAUCCGUCCUCGAACUCGAUGCUUGUCGAAAAAGCUUGCGGCCAACUCGCGAGUUUUUCUUGUGUUAGGAACUCGAUGCACCCGUUGAUGAACCGCAAUGCAUCUGAAAAUACAAAGCUCGUCGGCGUACUUAUCAAGCGCUAACAAACACCUUUUGUAUCGAAGCCAAUCUGGCAAUCGCCCCGCUCCAAUAUGCAGAGGAGCUUGCAGGUCCCCGAUAAUUUUCACCUCAACCAGAAGGUUCGCCUCAAAAACCCAUUUCGUUCCUGGGCGCUAUAUGUUUUCGCUCUGGAGGCUGUUUUCUUCUUUUUCUUCCAACAACAGUCUCGCUUCCGACAUUCUUUUAAACCAGGCGCUUUGUUUGUUCUGAAAAUAGGCCAUUGUUUCCUCCGUUUCAAUGUUCCGAAGCUAAUAGGCAUAGCUGUGUUUGAUCACAAAACUGUUUCUCACUCUCUCUUUGAUUCCGCGAAUCAUCUGUGGAGUCAAAUCGUUGUUUACAUCUUUGAAAAAACACCAUUACGCGAUUCUUCUUCCGCUCUCCACUUCAUCCUCCCCUAAAAAUUCCGCAAUCAGGUUAUUCUAGAAAGGUGGAAGUGUAGCUUCCGCACGUCCUUCCAAAAUAUCAAUCCACUUUGUUGGCGCCGAUUCGUCUUUUUCAUAAUGCAUCGAAUAAAAGGGAUGAAAUCUUUCCACCCCCUUGCAGGUUUGGUGUCUUGUAUCUUUUUGGUUUCCGUAGGCCGUUUUGGCUGAUGUGCCCUGGGAAAAAGCGGGCUCAGAAGCCUGUGCUUUGUUUCGGUGGCGAUCGGUUCAUGCAAAAUAUUUUAUACCACAAUUUGAAGUGAUGAUUCUGCGUUCCCUUCCUGCAGAGGCCACUCCACAUCAUCGUCCUUCGUGAAAUCGGCACCCAGAGCGUUCUCUGAAGCCAUUAGGCAGACAUUUUGCCAAUCUUUAAUAUGCUGCUCGCGAUCUGUGUGCGCCGCAGCAAAUGCGAAAAAUCUGUUCGCCAUGGCCGGACCCGUAGCCGGGGUGUGCGGCAUCAUCGGCGAAUUCAUUCUCGAGAAGAAAUGCCCGCUGACGCGCCAGUGCCGCCGACCCCCCCGAGUAGUAGAGUCGGGGUCACAAAUGUGUAUACUUUUUUGCACUCGUGGACUACGGAGGGCGAGCAACGUGAUCCCUCCGUAGUCCACGAGCCCACAAAAAACGUGUACACAUUUUGACCCCGACUCUACUACUUCCCGCGAUAUUUGACUUGUUAAAAGUACAUGUAUGAGUAGACAAGUGUUUAGAAACGUGCUGGAGGUCUUCUAAAACCUCUAUUUUUGUAGUACGAGCACAACGCCAAAACGCCUGAAAAUAGGUGUUUUUUCAAACGAAAACAAAUUAGCGUAGAGGAGGUCAUAAAAAGAAUACUUAAAUAUUUAACAUUAUGACUGUACUGCCAAACUCUUGCAUUUCAGAGAAUGCCACGGAACAGGGACACACAGAUCUUAUAUCAGAGCUGGAGCUAAUGAAGACCAUUGGAAAACACAAGAACAUAAUCAAUUUGAUUGCAGCCUGCACUCAAGGAGGUUAGUUGACGGAGAAAACAUGUCAUGUUUAACUGACGCGAAUCGUCUUUGACCGAGUGGAGAAAUUGGAGUUCUUUUGCCGCAAACAAGAGAAAAUUUAUCCCUUCUCUAAACUUGACUAACACUCUUUGCCACGCUGGGUAAUCUAUUUUUUAUAACGUUAUGGCUAAGAUUGAAAACUGGUCAUGAGAACAUUGUAUCCAGCCUGAGACAAAAAUAUACAACUACUUUUAUUCACUACUUCUGCACUUGUGUUUGCUUAAAUCACAGUCGGUAUUCAGAAGUUAUAUAUUACUUAAAGUAAGAACAUUGCAGAUAAAGACAAAGAGAUAGAAUUCCGACGAUUUCGCAUAAUUAGACGUGUGUGUUUUUUUAAAAGGAUGAAUUUUUAAAAUGGUAAACUGUUACCAUUUCUCUUUAUCCUCAGGUCCGCUGUAUGUAGUAGUAGAAUAUGCUCUAAAUGGUAACUUGAGACAAUUUUUGAGAACAAGGAGGCCUACCAGGGAAUACCCCACCCUAUUAACUGCAGUGAGAGAGAGGGGGCCAGUCAGAGAGAACGGUUCAACACUGACGCACGUGGACCUGGUUUCCUUCUCUUAUCAGGUCUGCAGAGGAAUGGAAUAUCUUCGAAAAAGGUAUGUGUCAAGGUGCCGUAGUUUUCAGAUGACUGAAUGAGUGAGCGUCCUACACACACUAUGUCCAAACUCAUAAGGAUAUGAAUACACUUCAGGAUAGCUCAGGUGUUGUUGUCGAUACAAAUUUUAUGCCAUAGCACCCUUGAGACUUAACGCACGUGAAAGUCGUUUACUCAACACUGGAAAGGUGUCAUGCCUCUCCGAGAUGAGCUGUACAAUUUACUUUAUUUAGUCUUUUGCAAGCAAGCCAGAGCAAGUAACUAUCGCUGCAUUGUCCGAAGUCUCUAAGGGGGUAAACAGGAAAUGAAAGCUGCCAAUACAAGCAAUACGGUACGUGGUCCUUGGUCCGCGACUAAAAAGUAAUAUCAUGAAUAACCUGGAUCAAAUUGUAACGAGCUGAAAUACCUCCUGAAGAUAGCUUUUAUGUUCGUCUCGAUAAUCGUGAAGUUGCAAGUUCCAACCUUAAGUAUUUUGCUUGUAAUUCGAAAAAAGGCGAUAGUGCUCGAUGGUCCUUGGUCCUUGACUAAGUUAAGCAGCAUGAAAAAAACGUGAGAAUGCGAUAGUUUCCACAAGAAAACGUAAUUUUCACAACAUUUGCAUUGCAUUUUUUCUAUUCUUGAUGCAAUAAAGCUAUAGUUUUUUUUCG